CACUUUAGUAUGGCUCCGUUAACCACAGAAAUUUAGUUCCAUUACGCGAUUAAUUUUUAUUAACAAAUAUCUCGUGAAAUUGGUUUUUUAAUUGUGAAAUAUUUAUGGCAAACGUGUCUUUAGCCACCACCAUUGCCCGGAUAAUAGAAAUUAAGUGAAAAUUCAUAGAAUUUAUUGCAGAAAAUACAAGUGAAAAUUCUGAACAAGUCGUCGAGAAGCAAGCAAAUGAAAACGUAGAAAGAAGAAGAAGAAGAAGAGGCACACAUAUUAAUGCGUUGGAUUUUGAAGGAAGCAGCAAAAGAACGAAACGAAUCAACACACAAUAAAAAGAAAAUAAGUUGCUUUGUAAUGUUUUUUAUGGCCCAUGCGAAAAUAAUGAACGGGGAAAGAUACUAACAACGCCGCCGCGGCCAACGACGACGCAAAAAAAAGAAAGAAAACACACAAACAUUAAAUACAACAAAAGAGCCCAGAAAUCUGCUAAAAAUUUCAAUCAAGCAACUGGAUGCAAAGUGAAAAGUUAUAAACAAAGCGCCAAAAAAAUAUAGACGAAACUUGUUAUAUAGAGUUUCUUAAAAUUAGUAUUUGUUUUUUUUUACUAACUUUAGUUAUAAAAGUACUGGGAUUAGUUUUGAGAUUUUUUGAAACUAAGAAACUUAUCCCUGCUUGACCAUGUGGAAUUUGGAUAGACAACAACAACAAAAUGGUGUAAUUACCUCAACAAAUACAGGAACACAACAGAAUACCAACAAUGGCAAUGGUUCACGAUCCGGAUCACAAAAUCCACCCAAACAAUUGGGUAUGACAUCAGCGAUUAGCUUGGCAGGUCCACGACCUGAAGAUGUACAAAAAACCGAUGAGCUGCGCAAAGCUUUGGAGCCAUACAAAGUCUUUGAAACGGAAGAGGAGCUAAAUCAUCGCAUGGAAAUUCUAGCCAAAUUAAAUACAUUGGUCAAACAGUGGGUCAAAGAUGUGUCCAUUGCCAAAAAUAUGCCCGAAGCAGCGGCCUCCAAGUUGGGUGGUAAAAUCUAUACAUUUGGCUCAUAUCGUCUCGGUGUACAUCACAAGGGUGCCGAUAUUGACGCAUUGUGUGUGGCACCACGCAACAUAGAACGUUCGGAUUAUUUUACAUCGUUUUUUGAUUUAAUGAAAAAACAGCCUGAGGUCACGGAAUGCCGGGCCGUAGAGGAGGCAUUUGUGCCGGUAAUCAAAAUGAAUUUUGAUGGCAUAGAAAUAGAUUUGCUCUUUGCCCGACUAUCUCUCAAAGAGAUACCCGAUGAUUUUGAUUUACGUGAUGAUAAUUUGUUAAAGAACCUAGAUCCACGUUCGGUGCGCAGUUUGAACGGCUGUCGGGUAACGGAUGAGAUAUUGUCGUUGGUACCCAACAUUGAGAAUUUCCGUUUAGCUUUACGUUCCAUAAAACUGUGGGCCAAGAAACAUGGCAUCUAUUCCAAUUCCCUGGGUUAUUUUGGUGGUGUGACAUGGGCCAUGUUAGUGGCCCGAACUUGCCAGCUAUAUCCAAAUGCCACAGCCGCAACCUUGGUUCAUAAAUUCUUUUUAGUGUUUUCGCGUUGGAAAUGGCCCCAUCCUGUGUUGCUUAAACAUCCAGACAAUGUUAAUUUAAGAUUUCCGGUUUGGGAUCCCCGGGUCAAUGCCUCGGAUCGUUAUCAUUUAAUGCCCAUCAUAACACCAGCAUAUCCCCAACAAAAUUCCACAUUCAAUGUUUCCGAAUCAACAAAGAAAGUUAUUUUAAUGGAAUUCAACAGAGGCAUGACCACAACGGAUGAAAUCAUGUUGGGUCGUGCCUCCUGGGACAGAUUAUUUGAAGCUCCCAGUUUCUUUUAUAGAUAUCGCCACUUUAUUGUGCUCCUGGUAAAUUCACAAACCGCUGAUGAUCAUUUGGAAUGGUGUGGUUUGGUCGAAUCUAAAAUUCGUUUACUUAUAGGCAACUUAGAACGUAAUCAACACAUUUCACUGGCCCAUGUCAAUCCCAAAUGUUUUGAGCACAAAAAGGGCAACACAAACAACACCAACAACAAUAAUAAUAAUAACAACACUUCAUGUUCACAGAACAGUAGUGGCAACGAAGAAGAUAAAACCGGUGGCUCCCAGCAGACCACAUCAACGGUAACCAGUUCACCAUUCUGUUCAAUGUGGUUCAUAGGUUUAGAAUUUGAACGCACCGAAAAUCUCAAUGUAGAUUUAACGGAAAGUAUACAAAAUUUCACGGAACAUGUCAUACAACAUGGUGUAAAUAUUAAAAUGCUUAAGGAGGGCAUGUCCAUUGAAGCUCGCCAUGUUAAACGCAAACAAUUGUCUCAGUAUUUGGACGCUGAUUUCCUCAAGAAGGAACGAAAAUCCAUGGAGAGCCAUAAUAAUUUCAAUAAUCAGAUUAUGGCCAAUCGCAAAAGGCUAUCCACAGAAAUGCAAAAGGAUGGCAGUAAUGGUAGUACCAAUACCAAUGUCAAACGUUCACGUGUCAGUGAAUCGAAUGAGGAGAACUCAAAUGCAUCCAGUGAUGCUGGUGGCGCGACAACUCCCACAACACCCACCUCAACCCAACAGACGCCGCCAACAUUUAGCAAUGCUAACAGCAAACAGGCCACACCAGUGGAGGAUCAUUCGGACAAUAGCAACAGUGGUGGUGGUGGUGCUGGUGCAGGCAAUGCCAAUGGCAAUGGCAAUAGCACACCUAAUAGCAACACAGCAACAGCUUCAGCUCAACCCGCAACCGAAGUUGCAUGCUCGUGACCGCCGCCGCCGCAUACGACGACAGCGACACCGCAUCCGCACCUCUAUCCUCCCACGCAUACAUUGCUGACCCAUGGCUCGCCACAUCCUCUGCUCCAUCAUAACACACAGAAAUUUCGUAAAAACAACAAUGCCGCUGCAGCUGCCAAUUCCAAUAGCAUUUUCUGCCAACGUCUAACAUCCAGCUCCGCAUCAGUGUCAUCGUCGUCGUCGUCAUCAUCGUCUCAAUCAACAGUGAAUCCCACGACUUUGUACAAUCGUCAUGCCAGGCGUCUCUCCAACUCAUACAGCAACAGCAACCACAGCCACAAUCACAACCACAGCCACAGCCAUAAGCAGCAACAUCUACAGCAUCUGCAUCAACAACAUUUAUCCAUCAACAAGAAUACGAACAACAACAACAAUAGCAACAACCACAAUAUAUCUGACCACGAAACACCGGGAAGUACUAUGGCUACACCAACCACUACCAUAACUUUGUUAUAAGGCCUGUAUAACCUGUAAACAUCCUAUAUCACCCUACCCUCCCAACAACCAGACCCCCCCACAAUUCAUCUUCUCCUCGUCUAUAGAUUUAGGAUUUUUAGUUAUAAGGACUAUUGGUUCAAAGCCACGCAAAUAAGGAAAACAAACAAAAAAAAAAUGAGAAAAACAAAAGAAAAAGAAUAUCAAUAAUCAAUUAUAAGAUGAGCACUGUUACAUUGAGGAAACCAACCAACCAAUCGGCCAGCCAAAUUGCAAGGGGAAAAGUGUUUGGAAGACAAGACUCUACCAUCACCCAAAAACCCUGAAGGCCAGGGUCUAGGAAACCAGCCAAAAAAUUUAGAUACGACCAAGCAACCAUCAUCACCAACAAUUACCACAUUUUCUCAAAAAUAACAAUGGUAACAAAUAAUUGUUAUUAACAUUUAUAUAUUUUACAGCUUUCAAAAAGCUUAUAAAUCUGUCCCUCUGCCCCCCUUACAUCAAAUAUCAAAAAAAAAAAAAAAAAAACAACAAAAACUACAUGGAAUGGAAUUGGUCAUCAUCAUCAUCUUCAACUUAGAUACAGUUUCUGUUUACUGCCUACCUGGUCUGGAUGUUAUCAUCAGCUGGGAAAUGAGAGACCAAGAAGAAGCUGGACAAACUUUCGCACUCCUACACACUUCCUCUGGCCAACAGUCGGCUGGCUGAACCGUUUCUCGAUGCAACAACUUAAAUAAACAAAAAUAAAUUUAUUUUAAUUUUUUCCACCACAUUAGAGCCUAGAAAAGCUAAACAUUUUUUUUGAUGGUUUAUUAUAUUUACAACAAAAAACAAAACUGAAAAACGAAAAGAAAGAGAAAGCAAGAAAACUGAAAAAAGGUAAAUCACAACAAUUUUAAAAUAACAAACAUUUUUUUCCAAAAUAAAAACUAAUUUAACCUAAAAAAAAAAAAAACAACAACAAAAGAUUACAAAUAAAGGCAAAAAAAAGUGAACAAUAAUAAUACCAACAAAAAACAA